ACGCAUGCGCCAACGCGGCAAAGGGGGCUGUUUUUUCUAACCAGAAGGCGCGGUUUGAUCCGAACAUCAAACGACAAAAUCUGCAGCGCGUGAAUUUUCCGGGGAAGUGGGUCGGUGAAGUUUUCCGUCUGCUGCUGCGAGCGUCUCUGUGACAUUUCACGGCGGAUUCGUGUCAUGCACACGGAGAAAUAGUCCGGACCGUAGACGUUACCGAGCUAACGGGGCGAACCCUCCUGAGCCCUGCGUCUUCAGCUGAAGCUGCGAUCGGUCGAUAACGGCAACAACAACAAGACUUAACGGGGGAAAAAUGUCUGAAAAUUCGGUUUUUAUCAGGCUGGAGCCGGGCGCCGAGGGGACGGGCGUGUUCCCGGUGGUUUUGAAGAAAAUCAUGGAAAUGCCUCCGCCGAACAUACUGGAGGGAGAUGAUGACACAGACAAGGAGAAGCUGGGUCUUGGAGAGAACGCAGACCUGAGCGUGGGAGGGAGCGACAUGGGCCCGUCGGCCGCGCUGACCCCCGCCAUCUGGGACAAAACCAUUCCCUACGAUGGCGAGACCUUUCACCUGGAGUACAUGGACCUGGAGGAGUUCCUCAUGGAGAACGGCAUCCCCACUUCCCCCGGCGAGGACGCAGAGGAGGCAAACGUGGCCGAGAAAGCCAAGGUCACAGCUUCUCAGUCCAAGGUCGCCAAGCCUGCAAAAGUGUCUCCAGUGAGCCUGAUGCCCGUUCAGGAGCUGGACAAGUGUGACAACGAGGUGGUGAUCAUCAACAAGACGGACGCCGACGCCACCUGCGAUGUCGUAACAGAGGUCACCACCUCGAAGGACAGAGUGACGCCCGAUCCCAUCGACCCCGAUGAGAUCGAGAUAGAUGUCAACUACGACCCCGACCCCACAGACCUGGUCCUGUCCAGCGUACCCGGGGGGGAGCUGUUCGACCCGCGCAAGCACCGCUUCAGCGAGGAGGAGCUGAAGCCGCAGCCCAUGAUCAAGAAGGCCAAGAAGGUCUUUGUGCCCGAGGAGCAGAAGGAUGAAAAGUACUGGCAAAGGAGGAAGAAGAACAACGUGGCGGCCAAACGCUCGCGGGACGCCCGCCGGCUGAAGGAAAACCAAAUCACGGUCCGAGCCGCCUUCCUGGAGCGGGAAAACGCGGCGCUGAGGUCGGAGGUCGCAGAGCUGCGGAAGGAGUGCGGCCGAUACAAGAACGUCGUGGGUCACUACGAGGCCAAGUUCGGAACCCUUGCGGUGCCAGACGACGAGUAGGCAGCGCUCGAUUCGUUCAUUUAUUCUGGUCGAUGAAUAAAUAAGCCACUGGCGUGUUCACGGGAACGCUAAAGUCGGUGAGAAGACGGCGAGGAGGAAGAGAAGAGGGCGUUACCAUGGAGACGCAGUGGCUUAUUGGGAUAUCACCUUUCUUUUGUGUGUUAUUGCUGAGAGGAAUGUGAGGAUGUGUAGUUGUACGCGUGGGGCAGACGGUGUGAUGCUUUUAUUUUGAAACUGCUUUGAGGAUUGUGACUUUUUAUUCUCCAGUUUUAGUUUCUGAUUUUCCACAUAUCGGAUUGUACGACAAAUUUUGCCUUUUCCCGCCUCCUGUGACUUUAGACUGUGACAUUUCCAAUAAGCUUCUUCAGGGGACUUAAGCGCCGCGGCGGUCAAAGCUGUGGACGACCAGAGCGCCGCUUCGGCCCGCAGGAACUCCACCUUCACCCGUCCGUCUAUAGGUAGUCGUAGGGUCAGACGCGCGGGCUGUAAAUACUUUUUUCUGUUUGUAGUCUGAAUCCAUUCUUUGAGACGUGUGGAUAAUCAAACGCCAGAGCUUCUGCUCGACCUCCUGCCUCCAUCAUCCUGGUGCCUCAGUUUCUCUGGGUUUUAUUUUUUAUUUUUUAAUGUACAAAAGAAUGGGGGGGGGGGGUCUUCUACUUGAAGUGUCUUUUACGUCUGAAGCCGUUUCAACGCCGACUCAGCAGUUUAGACCGGAGCAGCUGAGGACGGCGAUGGCUGAAGGGAAAGAAAGCUGCGUUUUCUGAGGCUGUGCUUCCAUCCGUGUCUCCACUCUGUUUUACACUUUACUCUGUCCAAAGCAAAGAUCGAUGCUUUCACAGCAAACUUCGUUCGUCUUUUCUUUGAGGCGUUUCCAACAAUAAGCUAACUUUUCAUAACUAGUUCUGCUUCUCUGGAACAGGUCAGUUUUGUUCUCUUCCUAGUUUUUGUACAGAAACAUUUUGUUUUCUGGGUCUGAGUGUACAUAAAUGUGUAAUAAAAACUUCUGAAUAAAAUGCUGAUAUUCAAAGGUU